AUGAGCGCCAUUGCUUCAUACACCUACGGUAACUUUCUCUGGUUGAGCACUCAAGCUCUUCCUCUUGUUGUCUGGCCCUCCUUUGUCGGAUCUCUUCUUCGGCCUGACAAUGAGACAUCUUUGGAAACGUACUUUGCCCGCUCUUUAGGACUCGCUCUUCUUGCGCUCGGCCUUACCGUAGUGGUUCUCUCAGGCGUUCUUCCUCUCGAUUCUCCUUCAAAAGAAGCCCCUGAAGGCGCACCAUCUCCCUACGCUUCCGCUGCGGUCCUCAUAUCCACCCUCCACCACGCUUCGAGUGCUUUUUACUGCUACGGUCGCUAUUCCUGGACUGGGGAGACGGGAUUCUUGCUUGGCUGUGUAGGUAGUGCUGUCUUUGCGACCUUUGGAUUGUACUGUGUGUUGUUUGCUGGUGAUACAGCCAUGACGAGCCGGUACCACAAGUUUGACCAGAGCACAAGCGGAUUCCCUUUCAAGAACUCUCAAUCGUAUCGGGCCAAGAAGAAGGCUCUGUAA